AUGGAAGCAAAUGCCCUGUCCAAUCCGGACGACGACUGGCAAAAGACUUUCCCUGACGGAAUCAAGAUCAGUGAGAUCUUCGAGCGAUCGUAUCGAUCAACCACCAGCAACUCAGACACCAAAGGAUGGUCUCCGGACAGCAAAGUCCAGGAAGAAAUCGAUCAGAAGCUCAAAGACCCUACUACCAAGGGCAAAAUCGAACGGUCCAUCAGGAAUCGUAAAAGGAAGGAAGAGUCUCGACAAGAAUCACCGGAAUUCCGAGGUACUGCCUUCGCUGGACUCAGAGCCAAGGACAAAAAGAACCAAGGCGAGAAGGACCAGGAGCAAGAGCAGUCACCCGAUCCACAGAUCAAGUCAGCCUUCUCAACAUCACCAGUCUAUCCACUCCGUGACUCGUUCAUCAUGGAUUCCGGAUCGGACUUUCACAUUUGCAACAAUUCGGUACGCUUUACGGAAGGCACGUACAAGUCCUGCGAUGAGCCUGAAGCAGCCUUCUCGGCAGACACACUGCUUGAGAUCCACGGAUACGGAGACGUUCUCAUCCGCAUCGGAAGCUCAGAUAAGUUCAGAUUGCAGAACGUCGCCUACAUCCCAAACUUCCACACAAACGUUGCAUCUCUUGAUCUCUUUCUCAAAGAGGAUACAAUUGGAACCCUGCAACAGGCGCUGUCUCAAGAGACGGAAAGACGAUCUUUCGCACAGAGAGGCGAUUUCGCCAGCCUAUCAUCGAAUACAACCAAGUCGAUUACGAAUCGCACACCCAGUCGGCAACUGCCUUCACUUCAUCCGCGCAGCCGAGACCCGAGUCCGCUGCAGAAGCCAUACGGUGGCACCAACGCCUAG